AUUGAAUUUUGAACACAAAUUUUUUGAUUUCUAUUGAAUUUCUUCUUUUGGGAAAAUUAUUUAAUUAACAAUUUAAUUUAUGUUUCAUUAAUGGUCUCGUCUUCUCACAAUCAGGAUCCCCCCAUAGGAUUUUCGCCGUCCUACUGACCAAUUGAACCGUGCUUUUUCUUAAGAUGUGUACGACCCAUUUAAUACAGGUUUCAGAUGUACUUAUUGUGAAUGGUUGUUUUGCAGCUGAAGCUAUCAGCUGAUAUAAACAUGUGUGAACUUAAAUUUGUUUUUUUUUCAACUCGGUUUUUGUUUAUCAAUUCUUAUUUAGAAUUACACUUUCAAACGUCUUUUGGUCAAAAUAAAAUGAGUUUUCAUAACGAAGAGGAAGAAGAGCCGGAAAAUGAUGCUGGUAUGCUUUUAAAUUUAAGCCAGAAAUCCAGUAUUUUUGUUGCUGAUCAAACUCCUACUCCCACAAGGCUUAUAAAGAAUUGUGAAGAAGUUGGUCUCUUCGAUGAUCUACGCAAUGUCAAUCCCUUCGAGGAGACUUUUCGAAGAGCCUGCGAACAAAAUAUACAAAAUCCUGGCACAAGGUCGCAUCAAGCUGAUGAAGAAUCCUUACAUACGCCUCAAGUUUUCCCACAAUUCGAUACGGCCGUCGAAGGUGGCAUUAGUGCAGGGGAAGACUUAACAAAACAUACCCUCAAUACUCCAAUGGUUUUAGAAGCCACCGCUGUGGACAGUAGUUUAGAAAUUCCGGCUGCCGUUGCUAAGCCAAAGACAGAAGAUUCUAUAGGUCAUGCGACAAAAUAUAGGCCUAUACUAGAGAAACCAGUUGCUGUUAGUGCGUCUAAUAUAGAAGGAAUAGCGUUUCUGCCCUCCACCGUACAAUUUAUUCAGCCUCAAUUGAUUACGGUAACGUUUCCAUCCGGUGCCAAUAACAGUACAACUUUAAACUCGCCUACGCGUACAACCCAAAAAUCAACAAAAAGCCAUCCAUUAAUUUUGCCGAAACUAUCAACCAAAGAUUGUUUAAAUAAUUCAACAUCAUCUUCAUCCUUGUCAUCAAGUACAACAACGCCACAUCCUGAGCCCAGUAGUGCAAGUUUGACACCUACAUCACAGCUGCCAAUAAAAGAACGCUUAAAGGCAAUUCUCAAUCAAUCAAGCAAAUCAAGACCACCCGAUUGGCCUGAUAGAACAGCGAACAAUAAGAGUUUUACAUCUAAUCAUAAAACGUCAUCGUCAUCCUCCGUCAUACACAAAUCAUCAGCCAACGAUACCAUGGAACGAAGACGAGCAGCAUCGUGUCGAUAUCGACAAAAAAUGCGUAAUGAGCAUAAAGAAUUAAAAAAACGCAACACCGAUUUGCAAAUGGAAAAUGAAAAACUAAGACAAAGAGUAAAACAGCUAGAGGGCCAAUUGGCAGAAUUGCAGUCGGCAGCUCUACAGCCUGUUUUAACAUCCUCCUCAACUUCUACGGAUUUUGGUGUACCAGCCCAGUUACAAAUUCCUGCCUCUACAAUACAUUUAGUAAUGAAUAUUCCCAAAAUAGUAGUUCCGUGCGGAAGUGAUGUGAAUAACACUCAAACGAUUUUAAAAAAUCCCAUUACCUAUCGAAUUGACAAAAAUUGAAUCCCUUGUUACAUUUGGACAGACUUUAGUAUGUUGUAGUGCCUUAUAUUUGUAUUUUAUUUUUUUUCGCAGAAUUAGGACACCUGUAAAUUUUGUUUAUAAUGUAAA